GAACGUCGCGACCAGUCGUACACCAACCGCCGUUGGGGACAGACGCGCGUCCCGCGUUAUAAAAUAUAAAACAUAAAUAACUCGUUUCUAACAAUAAACAACGAAUUCCAACAUGUGUUAAUGAAUAUUCGGCAAUAAUACCAAAUCGUUAAAGUUCGUUCAAGUUUUGUAUGAGUUUGCAAUAGUUUAUUGCAACGCUUGUUACUUGAAAGGAUUUCCGCAGAAUUUUGUGAAAGACAACAUGGCGGUGUUAAAACUUCUCCUGUGUUUGUGUUUCUUGCACGCGGCGUACGGCAAAGGUUCCGAGCCCCAGGUGGAAUGUACUCCCGAGGUGAUGAAAGUGACUGUCCCCAUGGACGGUGACAGGAAGGUGUGUUAUUUGGACCAGUUAAAAGACUACAGUCCAUGCUUGCCUGUAUUAAGUGGGAAGCUCGCCACAUUCGUCCUCGAUCUGCAGGACCCCCAUAAAUGUGGCGUCACCAGAGUCCUUCAUAAGAUGACUGGCAAUCGUACGUUCUACCAUAAGGUGGUGAUAGAAAACUCCGACGGUAGCCGCGAGACCGUGUCCGCCCGGUGUGCCAUCACCGCGAAGAUGCGAGCUAUCUCCAAGAGGGAAGUCAAACCUUUCCCGCUUGACUUCGAUGAACCUGACGUACUUACCAUCACAAGAUACGAGGAAGGAAAAGCGCCUGAGCCAAUACUCGGGGCGGUGGUCAAACAGAAUGGAAAGCAAGUGUCAGGCGAGAUCUCAGUGAGCCCCGGCACACCUCUCUCCAUGGAAAUAUUCCUUAACAACGAAUCGGCGAGUGUCUACGGCCUGUUGGUCAACUACAUGCACGUCACUGACACCGAAAAACAACAGGAAACUAUCAUACUUAACGGCUGCUCCGUGGACCCGUACUUGUUCGACAACUUCGUGACCAAUGACGGAGACACGCUCACGGCUAAGUUCAGGGCGUUCAAGUUCCCCGACACCACAUACGUGCAGUUCAAGGGGACGGUCACCGUCUGCCUGGACAAAUGUCAAGGAGUACAAUGUAGUAACGGCGUGGUAGGCUAUGGAAGAAAACGAAGAGCCAUCCCAGGCAACGCUGAGUCGAACAAACUCUACGAGGUAUCACUUACCACCUUCAUUAAGGUCGAGAAUGUCGAUGGCGACUCUAGAGAAUCAGAACACAUUCUAGAACUCCUCAAGAACCUGAAGGUAGCAAAUCAGGAACUCGGAGACCGUGAUGGUACCCCCGCCUCCGUGGCCGAACAGAUCUCAGACAACCAGCUCAUCGAACAUCCUCGAGAGGAAGUCACUGGGGGAUCCAGUGCUCUGACAUAUAGCUGUCUCUUACUAGCAAGUGUCGUGGUAAUGCUUCUGUAUAAAUACUAAAGUAGGAGAAAAUUAUCUUUCUGUUGUGUAACGAUAUUCCAGAAACUUCUUUCGCCAUAACAAGACAAAGAACAAUAAUUUACUUUAACUGCCGAAAAUUUUCGAACAAUUCACUUGACUUGAAAUGAAAUGAUUAUUAUAGAAUACAAAAUGAGCUUGCUUUUUUCCAAUAAACUUGAUAAAUUUAUUAUUUUAUAUCUUUGCAUUAGGGAUAGAUAUGUACUAUAUCUCUUUGAAUUCCUAAAUAUUUUUCAGAGAUAAUGUAAUUUUCUAAACGUCAGUGAUCUUUUUUGCGUAGCUACCGAUUAAAGUUUUUUAAAUUAUUGAGGAUUUUCCAACCCAUCCGAGCUAUUUUGAAUAUAUGACAUGCAAUGAUGAACCAGCUUAUAUAAUAUUAAGAUAUGAAAUAUUUUCUCGCUAUCGUAAAUAACUUCCACUGCCUUGUACUAAAUAAUACGCUUUAAUUAUUUUCAAUUUCGUGUGUUGUAUUUAAUAAUGUUACAAUAGCAAAAAUAUAGCAAAAUAAAAUAAACACGUCCUGCCAAGUAAAGCCUCUUUAAAUACAGCAUACGAAAUAAAAAUACUUAGAAAUAAAGUGUAACAGUUAAUUUUAACAACCAUUUUAGAUGUUAAUUUAGAUUUAAAACGAAGUGAUUUAAUAAUAAAAUUAGUUUCUAAUAUUUUGUAAUGCCUAGCGUACAUAACUCACUAGUCUUUGAGUAAUUUUUCACAAUAGAUUCUCUAUAGUUUAAUGCUGAAUCGUUUUUGAUGAACUCGAACGCAGGAUAAUACGUAAUUUGGCACUAUGAUUUCCAAAUGUAGGCUAAAUGUUAUGAGAAAAGUAAUGAAAUGUUGUUUCUGGAAGAAAUUUUAAUCAGAAUAUUAAAUGUGCCAUUGAUUUCUUAUUUAUUCCAACAAUAAUUGUUAUUUCAAAAACUACAUCGAUGGUUUGAAGUGCUGUAAAAAAAAAUCUUUAAAAUUGAAGUUACUGCGUUUGAAGGUGGCAUAGGCAAACAAUGUCUUACUAUGGUUUGUAAACACGAUACCGAUUAUAGUUUUAAAAAUAAUUUAUAGAAUCUUCACAUUUUAUGCUUGCGUGUAUACUUUUUUCAGAGAGAUUUUUAACUUGAAAUACGCGUCUCCUAGAUUUUUGCAAAUUUGAUUUUCAUGAGAUUUCAAUUUCUUAUCUCGAACUGAUAAAAAAUGGCACAUUAAAAGACUUAGAUAAAUAUAUUAUUCUCAAUACUAGCCUUUAAGUUUUCGUAAGGUAAAAUUAUCCUGCCAUUCAAUACUUUUCUUCUCUUACUUUAACGGUGCUUGUAUUUUGGUAAUUUGUGGUUAUAUUAACCAAAAAUAAUAAUCAAGGGAUCCCUUUUUGGUGCUCUACAUUCGAAAUGUCGGAAAUUUCAAAACUCAGUGUAAUAGAAAAUGUUAAUUUUAACAUACUUAUAAAGCAUUAUUAAGGGGAUCCUUUAAUAUGUGUUAGUAAACUUAACUGUGAAGAAGAUAGAAUAAAAUUGACUUUCAAAAUUA